CUGAGAGAUAUUGUGAAGUCUGGGACCUGCAGAAUAUGCAUAUUUGUUCGUUUUGGACGUGACAUAACACAGUCUCCUAUAUUUUUGGGAUGCACGGAAGAAGAUGUCUCAAUUUGGACAGCAUGCCUCGUUUGGCGUCAUGCUCAGGACGCUUAGAUAAUUCAUACGUGCACCGGUUGACAAGUAAUUUGCAACGUUCCCGACUAACGCCACUUGCACCAGUCGCACGAUUCUUGCCAACGCCAGGGCAGCACUUGUCGAGUGGGCAAGCCUCGAGAUCUCAGCAGCAAGUCCAAGUAGCUAGCAUUGAUGCAGCAUCGCUGCAAGACGUUUGCAGCCUACCAGCAAUAGAUAGCGUUGCUCAUCAGGCGGGAAGGUACACGAUUGGUGGUCAUCUGGAAACAGAUCUGCCAAGGGAAACUGUGCUUGGCGUCCUCACAGACUAUGAGGGCCUUGCUCGCAUCUACAGCUCCAUAGAGGAGUCCAAGCAGUGCAUCAUCAAUGGCAAGAAGGGCGUCAACCAGCUGUGCCGCUGGGAGUUUUUGGUUUUCUCAGGCACCUUUGAGACACGGCUGGGAGUGGAAGAGGACUUGCCUCGCGGCAGCGUAGUCUUCCGCCUUGUGUCUUCGUCAUUCAUGCGCCAGUUUGAAGGUCGAUGGCAGGUGUCUGACCUGGCGGAUGGGUCAUGCCGAGUGGAGCACCAGCUCAGUGUGGAGCCUGUUGUGGCGCCGCCGCAGGCGUUCGCCGGAUACACUCAGAAGAUCUUUGUGCGCCAGGUUGAGCGCCUGCUAGAGGAUCUCAGCCACGAGCUCUGCCGGAUUCAGUGCUCAUGAUCAGUGCACUGACAUGUGGAAAGUAGCCGAGCAAGACAGCGACCCGGACCAUUGUCAGCAGUUGCUGACAGUGGUUCGCCACUAAAGAGAGCAAGAAACACUCAAGGACGCUCAAAGUAAGCGACUGUGGUUUUUGGAUAAUUCAGCAGUGAGUGAGCGAGAGAGAGAGGGCUUAGUACGAGUGUGGAAAGUGUGUGAUUGAAGUGUGAGUGAUGUAGAAGCGUGGGGAUAUCCAAUCGAUUUUUGCUUCUUGUGUGCAUGAAAAGAUGAACUUCUAUUGAACAACCUCGGGUAACUUGGAAAAGUGCGAUUUGUGAAGACGGGUGUCAAAUGCUUGAUUGAUAGAUUGCAUGCUGUCUGCAAGCUUGUGCAAGCAGCUGACUCUGAAUGAUCUCGUUGCAUAUCGUCAGGGGCACAUAUUGUGCACCACUAUUCUGCCCCACCAUUUUCAGCCACUAUAAGAUCAAAUGCUUGGAUCUGGCAAGUCUAACAAGGGGUAGGAUUGAGGCAGCCUUCAACUGCAGCUUGUCUGCAGGACGCACCUUGCCUUUGGCAGGAAAAGC